GCUGAUUUCGUUGUGGUCGACACGAGAACAUGCCAUCCGCGUCAAGGAUGCAGCAAUCCGGAACUUUAUGAUCUUAUCGAUCCGGAAUUGGUUGGAAAACAUGCGUUGUGUGAAAUUCUACUCACUUCUGAAGUCAUCGACUACGCCGUCACCCCACGCCCUUGGAAACCGUACUUUGAGAUAGUUUAUGUGGAUCCAGAAUACGGACGUGUUAUACUCUACGUCCGUCCAUCAAUCGCAACCUGA